UUGGGUAGUGUGCCGUUGACGGAGCUCCCCGUUCCUGGGCCUGUACCGUUGCAGACAAGAUCGACGUCACCGUCAAGCUCCUCCCAGACUUUCUCUCUCACCACCACCACCACCACCAAAUCGCCAUCCAAACGACAUCAAUCAGGCGCCGUGACAGACCUCCUGGUUGAUUGCACUGAAACGUCUCUCAAGAUCAUCAAGAUGACCUUUUCACGGGAAAUUCAUACCUUCCACUCCGGCAAGCCACAGCCCCAAUCCUCCGGACCCCACACCUUUCAGUCCCUCGAUCCCAGUACCGCCAAACCGCUGGCUACCAUCUACACCACAACGCCCUCACAGCUCGACGAUGCCGUAUCUUCUGCCGCCAAAGCGUUCCCUGUAUGGUCCAAGACGCCCGCUCCCAAGCGCGCAUCCAUUCUCCUUCGAGCUGCCGCCAUCCUGAGAGAGCGAAACGACGCGCUGGCCCGCACCGAGAUGCUCGACACGGGCAAGGCUUGGUCUGAGACGUCAACGGUUGAUGUCGUGACUGGAGCUGAUGUUCUGGAAUACUACGCGCACUUCAUUGCCAACAGCCAGCCCGGCCAGCACACGACACUACGGCCGGACGCCUACAUCCUCACCACCCACGAGCCUCUGGGAGUGUGUGCCGGCAUUGGCGCCUGGAACUAUCCGAUACAGAUUGCUCUGUGGAAGUCUGCCGCCUGCCUCGCCGCCGGAAACUGCAUGGUAUACAAACCGAGCGAGGUGACGCCUCUCCAUGCAAACACAUUAGCCGAGAUCUACAUCGAGGCUGGCGUUCCCCCCGGAGUCUUCAACGUCGUCUACGGCGAUGGUCCCAGCGUCGGAGCGCCCCUUGUCGCCCACCCGGGUAUCGCCAAGGUCAGCUUCACCGGCCAGAUCAGCACGGGUAGCAAAGUUGCCAGCGAGGCGGCCAAGGGCAUGAAGAGCAUCACCAUGGAGCUGGGCGGCAAGAGCCCGCUGUUGGUCCUCCCAGACGCAGAUGUCGACGAGGCAGCUGAUGUUGCCAUGGCGGCCAACUUCUUCUCCACCGGCCAGGUCUGCACAAAUGGCACCCGAGUCUUUGUCCCUGACACGCUGUUGUCGCGCGUGGAGGAGGCCGUGGUCAAGCGCUGCCGAGAGGGCAUCCGCAUGGGUCUGCCCCAGGACGAAAAGACAAACUUUGGCCCUGUUGUCAGCGCCGCUCAGCGUGACAAGGUUAACAUGUACAUCCGCCAUGGCAAGGAGACAGAUAAGGCAAAGGUUCUAUACGACGGUGCCGUGGAUGCCCAGAAGCACAGACCGACACCUGACGGAUACUGGGUCCCGCCCGUUGUCUUCACCAAUUGCACCGACGACAUGCGAAUCGUGCGCGAAGAGAUCUUUGGGCCCGUCAUGGCCAUAUUACCGUACAAGACGCAGGGCAAGUCUCAGGAGGAGUGGCUGCCAGAGCUCAUUCGCCGCGCAAACGACACCGAGACGGGACUUGCUGCCGGCGUUGUGGCUACAGACGUGGGUUUGGCGCAGAGCGUAGUCAAGGAGCUACAAGCCGGCAUAACCUGGAUCAACACUUGGGGAGAAUCUCCCGCCGAAAUGCCCGUAGGUGGGUGGAAGAUGAGUGGCAUUGGCGUCGAGAAUGGUUUCGAGGGCAUCAAGGCAUAUAUGCGGAUCAAGAGCACAUUGGUUCAGCUCGGCAAGGGAACGACAAAGGGUCUGUUUGCCAAGUUGUAGACACGCUCUGGAGAAUAUCGUGCUGCGGACGUAUAUAGCGACAUGCAUGUAGAUACCUGUUAAAAGACGUCAUGAGGCC